GAGAAUUGAGUCCUAAGAUAUAUAAUUGACCGUAAUUUCCUUAAAAAACUCAAUUGUUAUAAGACAAUAAUGUAGAAAAAACGAAUCUGAAAAAGCAAAUUCUGCAUAAGACAAAUGUCUAGUAGUCUUUCAACACAUGUCCAGAUUAGCUCAAAAAUCCACAUGCGAUGACUUUUAAGAAAACAGUUCAUGUUCGGGGCAUUCUGUCAUGUUCUAACAUUUUCUGAUCUGUCCCUGUUUUUGUGCUGUAACGUCCCGCAUUCUCCUUUGUCGUUUAGCAUUUGAUGCGCCACUAACGUUGACACGUGGUUGGACUUUUUAGGACAAAAGAGCAUCACGCAUCUUGUCAUCGACACGUCAAGUCCACGUGUCAUAACAGUUUCUUCAACUAGGCCGCUGUUCUGGAUUCCUUUACAUUACUUGCCGUCGUUGUAUGAUGUCCACGUUGAACAACCCACUUGUCUAAAUUGAUUGUCAUUUUUUUGGGUUUUUUUUUGAAGGGAAGGAGACGCUACCCUACAUGGGGCCACGUCCGCCGGUGGGGAUUCACCGCUACAUUCUGGUGCUGUUCAAGCAGAAGAGCCAGUUGGGGGUGGUGGAGCAGCCUACAUCACGGGCUAACUUCAACACUCGUCUGUUUGCCGAGCAUCUGAGCUUGGGCCUGCCUGUGGCUACUGUCUAUUUCAACGCUCAAAAGGAGCCGGCCGCCAAACGCCGUUGAAGGCAGUGGGGGGCCCUGGGGGCUUGGUGGCUGUAUAAAUACAUAUGGACGUCGUUAAAGUCCGCUGCUUUUUGAAGUUUUAUUGCAUGUUUUCAGUUGUGUGUAGUAUACAUGCAUGUGUGUGUAUAUCCAUAUAUAAAUAUAUGAGCCCGGUGUAAUAAUCUUGCGAAGGUAAAUAUAUAUAGAUACAGGAUUGUAAUACUUCGUAUGGUAAAUUUUUCCUA